CCUUCGCACGAAGUCAUCAUGCACAGCGGCUACAGUCCCAACGAGAUGUCGGAUCCGCCCAAACCCGGCUACGAAAUGGACUGCCCGGCCAAGUACGAAGAGCACGUCGACUGCCACCGGCAACUCAAGUACAGGACGUUCGACGGCAGCUGCAAUAACCUCAAGUAUCCCAGCUGGGGCAACCGCACGCAGCCCUACAGCCGCAUCACGGCACGCACCUACGCUGACGGCAAAGAUAUCCCGCGGCUGUUCUCAGUGGUGCCGGAACACGGCGAGAAGGUGCCCCUGCCCAACCCGCGACUGAUCAGCGUGGCCAUCAGCCAGUCCAAGCCCAUUCCGCACCCGGCGGCCAAUCUGCUCAUGCCCUUCUUCGGCCAGCUGAUCACCCAUGAUUUGUCCCUAACGCCCUCUUUCCAAGUGAACAACCGCCAGCCGGACUGCUGCGUCAUCAACGCCGACUGCCAAGUGUCGGAGUGCUUCCAGUUCUCCAUUCCGCCCUACGAUCCCUUCUAUUCACGCUUCAACAUCACCUGCCAUCAGUUUGCGCGAUCACUGCCGUCGAAGGAUGCACGUUGUCGUUACGGCGUACGGGAGCAGUUUACGACAGUAACGCAUUGGCUGGACGCAUCCCCGGUAUACGGAAGCACCGAGCAACAGGCGCUGGCCAUCCGCAACUACUACAAAGGACAGUUGAGCUUCCGCGAUGUCCACACCGGCAUUCCCAAUGAGCAGAUGAUAGAGAUCUUUGAGCAGAUCCUACCCUCGCUGCCGCCUCAUGGCCCCUCCUCCUGCAAGCCCCUGGAUCCGCGCCGCACCUGUUUUCUAGCCGGUGACGAGCGCGUUAACCAGCAACCGCUGCUUAUGACCUUUCACACCAUCUUCCUGCGCUUCCACAACCUCAUCGCCAACUUCAUUGCCGCAGUCUAUCCCGAAUGGUCGGACGAGAUGAUCUAUCAGGAGACGCGCAAGAUCGUUAUUGCCGCCUACCAGGUCAUCACUUAUAAGGAGUUUCUCCCAGUUCUUCUCGGCGAGAAGAUCGCCAACCAUAAACGCUACGCAUUGAAGCUGCUGGACGAGGGAUACUUUGAUGGAUAUGAUGAUGCGUACGAUCCGCAUGUCAUUAAUGAAUUCACAACGGGAGCAUUCCGAUUACAUACCCUUGUGGCCGAUGUGGUUCCACGGUUGGUGCUGUCGACGGGGCCACCGGAAGCGCACCCACUGUCCAGUCACUUCAACAACCAGACCCUGCUGUACGAGGACGGCAACGCCGACGCUAUCGUCAACGGGAUGUUGGAGGAGAUGUCGCUGGCCUUCGACAGUCAGACCACCGCUGAGCUGCAGGGACGCCUUUUCCGCGGCCGCAUGCCUUUCGGCCUGGACAUCACCGCCAUUGACUUUCAGCGCGGACGAGACCACGGUUUGGGCACGUACAACGACAUCCGAGAGGCCUGUGGUUAUGGCCGCGUGUACGAUUUUCCGGAUCUUAAGGACUUUGUCUCCUACGACAAUAUUCAAGUACUACAAAAGCUGUACAGGAGCGUGGAUGAUAUUGACUUUAUGGUGGGCGGUGUCAUGGAGAACCCGGUCAACGGAGAAGCCAGUGUGGGGCCGACCUUUGCCUGUGUCAUUGCUCUGGAGUUCCGCGGAAAGCGCGUGUCCGACCGGUUCUGGCAUGAGAAUCCCGAUCAGUUCACAUUAGAGCAAUUACAACAAUUACGCAAGAGUUCCAUGGCACAGUUAAUAUGUGCCACGACGGAGUUGCGCAGUGUACCGUGGAAUUCUUUCCUGGAUGUGUCUGAUGUGUAA